AUGGCCGGACCUAUGUCUCCUGGCAGCGACGGCCCCAGCUUCGCGCCUCCUCCGCUGCCCGCUGGCUGGAUUGCCCAGUGGGACGCCGCUAGCCGCAAGUACUACUACGUGCAGCUCGCGACGGGCGUGUCGCAGUGGGAUGUCCCGACCGACGCAGCCCUUGCCGGAGGUACACCGACGCCUAGCCACGCCGGAACAGAACAUCCUUUCGGAGCCCCUCCGGCCGGGGGGUCUAUCGGUGCGAACGGUGCAAGCUCCAUGUUUACGCACCCAGACGGCUCGCAGACCAUUCGCCAUCCAGAUGGACGGCUCGAGCCCGUGAUGCCGUCCGAGAUUGGGACACGCGGAGUGUCGGAUGGACCCUCUGGGGACCGAAGCCUGAGUUCCUUUGCCGCAAGCCUGCUACAAGGCCAGCACAGCAACAGCAGCCAGGGCGGAUCCAACCCUCUCGGACAGCUGCUUAGCGGGCUAUCGCACUCUAGCAGCGGGAGUAGCGGGAAGCAGAACGGCAGCAGCAGCGGUGGUAUCGGUGGCAAGCUGGUCGGACAGCUGGCAUCCAAUCUCUUCUCAUCGGGCAGCAAGCCGAGCCAGGCACAGCCACAGACAUACCACCAGGGCACGACGGGGCAGACACCGCACGCGAGCGGCGGGCUGGCAGGGACCGUCAUGGGCGGUAUGGCCGGAAUGUUUGGUGGAGGACAUCAGAACCAGGGCCAGAACUACGGAUACUCGGGGUCCGGUCAGAGCGGCACCUACUCGGGCGCUGCGCCGCCCACAUCAUACCAGCCGAUGUCGCAGCCGUCAUACAGCUCGCAAGGGGCGCAGUCUGCCGCCGCCCCUGUGACAUCGGCACCACCUGCCUCGUCCUACCAACAACACACGGCUGCGCCAUCCUACGCCCCGCCGCCGGCAGCAGGCCAGCCGUCACACUACGGUUCUCCUACACAAGGCCCGACCGGCGCGUAUGGUGCUGCUGCGACGACAUACUACCCGCCACCACCGGGUCAACCGCCGCACCAGCAGAACCAGCAACACCAGUCGCCGUCACCGCAGUACGGCCAAGCGCCACAGUACGGCCAAGCGCAACAGUACGGCGGUGGUGGUCAGGCGCCAUCGUAUGGUGCGCUGCCACAGGCUUCGUACAGCCAAGGCGGGUAUGGUGGCCAGCAACGGUACUAG